AUGGGCGCGGGACCCAGCUGCAACCAAGGCACUCCUCAUCAGUUGGAUAUUGAAGCAGUUGAUGCGGCAAAGCCCAAUGCCAGAGUGGAAGUCCUGGAGAUCCACGAUGCGAUGCAGUGCAGCGGAGACACUGACGUGGGAACAUCCGAUGCCGACAAGGGGAUGAACGAUGACAGCCGCAGUGCAAGUGACGAGUCCGACUCCUAUCCACGCGUGCGUGUCAGCAAGAUCCUGACGGUGACCAGCAAGGAGCUCAUGAGAGGUAUCUCAAUGAAGGAGACCCUACAGGGGUGGGGUCGACUCUGGCGUCAAUCCCCAAUCGAUCUGCCGGAGAAG